CUCACUCGGUCAUCCCCCCUUCCCCUCCCCCCUUCGUGAAUCACUAUUCGUCUGAACUCUGAAUCAAAAUUCAAAAUCCCCCAACCAAAACCCUAGGUUCUCCCUGCAACGGUUCUGCCGCAGUGCCGCCGCCGUCCGUGCUGUCGGCGCCUCCGCGUCCUCUCUUGUAGCCCAGGCCCUCUCUUGUAGCUCGGCGUCCUCCUUCCCCCUGUCCCCGUCCUCCCUGGCUUCUCUCGAACUUGUAGCAGCUCGCCGCCGUGUUGCCGGUCGCCGUCGUCUCGCCUGUCGCCGUCCGUGUAUCCGUCGAAGAACUGAGAAAGAAAAUGGCAAUCUGAACCAGCCAAAGGAUUUCCGCAGCAUCAGCGCAUGCUCUCACUCGCAGGAACAAGAAAACUAACUCUUUUUCUGCCCUCUGGUUUUGAGUAGCAUAGAUACCAAAAGAGUGGAAAAGAGCUUAGCUCCCCCUCAUAUUUCAAUUUCACAUACGUAGCACACUCUCUGUUGCACUCAUUUUGCUAAAGUGAAUACCAAACCCUAAUUGAUUUGAAUCAAAUAGUUGGAAGAAUGAGGGAGGAAGAGAUUGAAAGGCUUCGCGGAGUAGUGAGGGACUGUGUGACCAAGCACCUUUAUACGUCGGCCAUCUUCUUCGCUGACAAGGUGGCUGCUUUCACCAAUGACCCUGCUGAUAUCUAUAUGCAGGCACAGGCGCUCUUCCUUGGCCGUCACUACCGCCGCGCCUUCCACCUCCUUAAUGCCUCCAAGAUUGUCCUCCGUGAUCUCCAAUUCCGAUACCUCGCCGCCAAGUGCCUUGAGGAACUUAAGGAGUGGGAUCAAUGCUUGUCAAUGCUGGGGGAGGCUAAAGUGGAUGAGGAUGGAAAUGUUGUCAUGUACUUGGAUAAAGAUUGUGAAGAUCAUGAAAUCAAUAUAUCUUCUGCAAUAUGCUUCUUAAGAGGCAAAGCAUAUGAAGCUCUAGAAAACCGUGCUCAGGCUCGAUUGUGGUACAAAGCCGCAAUAAAAGCUGAUCCAUUAUGCUAUGAGGCAUUGGAAUGUCUCAUUCAAAAUCACAUGCUUACAUGUGAGGAAGAAUCAAAGUUGAUCUCGUCACUGCAAUUUGGUAGUGAAGAUGGAUGGCUGUCGUCAUUUUAUUCAUGUUUGAUAAAGAAGUAUGAAAAAGAAAACGUUGUAGAAGCCAAGUUCAGAGAUCUCGAGAAUGAAAGUUGCAAAAGUGACCAGUCUGAUCCUUCUUUCAUGCGAACACUGAAGUCCAACACUGAUUUAUUGGCUUGCAAAGCUGAAUAUUACCAUCAAUGUGGUGAAUACCAGAAAUGUUUUGAGUUGACAUCUGUAUUGCUCGAGAAGGAUCCUUUCCAUCUCAAGAGUACAUUAGUACAUCUGGCAGCUGCUAUGGAGCUUGGGCAUUCAAAUGAGCUAUAUUUAAUGGCAUUCAAUUUGGUGAAGGAUUAUCCACAAAAGGCUUUAUCAUGGUAUGCUGUUGGUUGCUACUACUAUUGUAUCAAGAAGUAUGACGUAUCCCGUCGAUAUUUCAGCAAGGCAACUAGUCUGGAUGCAACAUUUCCACCUGCUUGGAUAGGCUAUGGGAAUGCGUAUGCUGCUCAAGAAGAGGGUGAUCAGGCCAUGUCAGCUUACCGCACUGCUGCUCGUUUGUUCCCUGGGUGCCAUUUACCAGCUCUUUAUAUUGGAAUGGAAUGCAUGCGAACCCACAGCUAUAAACUUGCUGAGCAGUUUUUUAUGCAGGCUAAGGAAACAUGCCCCUCUGAUCCACUUGUGUGUAAUGAACUUGGAGUUGUGGCUUAUCAUAUGCAAGAGUAUAAGAAAGCAGUGUGGUGGUUUGAGAAAACAUUAGUCCUCAUACCAAACUCUUUAAGUGAAAUGUGGGAGCCAACUGUAGUCAACCUUGCUCAUGCAUACAGAAAAUUGAAGAUGUACCGUGAAGCAAUUUCAUAUUAUGAGAAAGCACUUGUGUUAUCAACCAGAAGUUUGAGCACCUAUGCUGGUCUUGCCUACACUUACCAUUUACAGGAUGAUUACAGCACAGCAAUUACAUACUAUCACAAAGCGUUGUGGUUGAAGCCAGAUGAUCAGUUUUGCACCGAAAUGUUAAGUUGGGCUCUAGUCGAUGAAAGCCGAAGGGGCGUUGACCACAUUCUUGAACAACAAUGAAUGCUAAGUUGAAUAUGGUGGUGCAACUUCGGUUGCUCUUGUAAUGUGUGUAAAAAAGUACAUUAAAUCCAGGUAAGGCAUGAAAUUUUGUCUGUGUAGUUGUUAUUAUUAUUAUUAUUAUUAUUAUUAUUAUUAUUAUUAUUAUUAUUAGUUUCUUUUAAGACCCGAUUAUUUUAUUUUGUUUAUAUUUUCCUUUAUUGAGGAAUGUAAUUUAGAAUACUAGGAAUAUUGAGAUGAUGCCAUUGUUAGAUCUGAACUAUUUUGCAUUUGCUUGUGUUUUCUUUUAAAGUUGGCUACUUUCAGUAUCUGAUUACUGUUGAAUUGUUGCGUUGUA